AUGCAGGUCCACCACAACCAUCACAUGAUGUGGAUUUCCGCUUUUACGCGUUCUCUUUUAGCUGUGCAGCAGGGCAGAGCCGCACCAUCACAGAGGAGCUGCUGCUGCGGGUCAUGAUGCUGCUUUGAGAACAUCUCCACCAUGCAGGCCACCAUGAACUGCAAUGGACUCCAGAGCAGCCAGGACAUUCUGGAUAACAGUCUGAGGAGGAAAGCUUCUCUGUGGUACCGGCGCUCGCUGAGGGGGAACAAUGAUCGACACCGACAGAACACCGCCUCUCUGCCCAGAGCCUGCAAGCCCAAACUAACCCACACCCCCUCACUGAUUGAUUACAUGGACCCACAAAGGAUCACAAUUGUUUUGGAAAAACAAGACAAUGAACUCUUUGGUUUUGAAAUCCACACGUACGGGGUGCAGCUGAAAAGCAGCUCGGCAGUGGAGAUGUGCACGUACGUGUGCAAGGUGAACAAGGCCAGUGUAGCUGAGAAUGCAGGGCUGACCGCAGGUGAUGUUAUCGUCUCUGUGAACGGGGUCAGCAUACAAGGAUUGUCCCAUGACAGCGUACUGAAUCUAAUAAGUGAAUCGAGCAACAGUCUAAAGAUGGAGACCGUGUGUGUGAACGUAGUGAAACAGAUAGAACUGGAGAAGAGGCUGCACCAGCUUCAGCAAUCGUUUCGUGAGAAAUGGAUGGAGCUUCAAGAGCUGACAUUACAGGAAAAGCGUUUAAUGCGAGGUAAUUUGAAUGACAGCAGUCUAGACCUCUUGACAGAGUCUUUAGCUGCUCUGAGUUCCCCCUUCGGCCGUCGUGGUCGUCGUUUCUCCAGCGACAGCAGCUAUAAGAGUGGGAUGACCGACGACAGCGACCAGGCCAGUGUGUUUGGGGAUCUGGGCUCGCCCAGUCCCUUCGGCACCACCAGCACCACAGAUGAAGGCUGCUUCUUCUCCAGAGACUUUCCCUCCCAGGACACAUCCAAGACGGGUUCAUCCAACUUCAGCCUGCACCAUCAAGCCCUCAGCCGCUCCAGCAGCUCCAGUUUGGCCGGCAGCAGCAGCUCUCCGUCUCCAUCCUGGGAAGAAACGCGGAUCUCGUCCUUGUUUGGGACCCUGCCCAGGAAAGGCAGGAGAACCAAUGUACGCAAACAAAUCUUUAAGUUAAUUCCUGCACUCCAACGAUCAGUGGAAGAGGAAGAGACUGGAAGUCCCACUGAGUGA